UUUUUAUAGAGAUGACACUUUUCUGGCCCCUCUGAGACCGACUUGCACGUGUUGUCAUUUCAAAUUCCAUCAGAAAACUUCAAAUAUUGUUUUCCGAAGAAUAUGGCUGAAGAAGGUCCCCCUGAAGCGAACAUUGACUUUGUGCCCGCCCUGUGCUUCGUGCCCCGUGGCGUGGCCAAGGAUCGCCCUGACAAGAUUGUGCUGACCCAGGAGGAGUUGGCCAGGAUUAUCGGAGACACACGGCAGCAGCUGGAUGACGAAAGCGACGACGAGGAUGGUGAGGGAAAUGAGGCGGCUGACGACAUGGACGUGGACGACAAUGAGGACGCGAACAGCGAGAACCGGAAUCCCCAAGAUGAGUUCCAAUUCAACGAGUAUGACAACGAGGAGAAUGCAAAUGUUACCAGUCUGGCCAAUAUUGUGACUGCCAGCGAGCAAGUGCCCGAUGAAGACGAGGACUCCGAAGCCGAGGAUGAGGUGAUAAAGCCAAGUGACAAUCUGAUCCUGGUAGGUCACGUCCAGGACGACGCCGCCUCGAUGGAGGUUUGGGUAUUCAACCAAGAAGAGGAGGCGCUCUACACACACCACGACUUUCUACUUCCCAGUUUCCCGCUUUGCAUCGAGUGGAUGAACCACGAUGCUGGAAGCGAAAGGGCCGGUAAUAUGUGCGCCAUUGGCUGCAUGGACCCGAUCAUAACCAUUUGGGACUUGGAUAUCCAGGACUCUAUUGAACCCACCUUUAAGCUGGGCUCUAAAGGCAGUCGCAAGCAGAACAAGGAGCAAUAUGGACACAAAGACGCCGUGUUGGAUCUUUCCUGGAACCGCAACUUCGAGCAUAUUCUGGCCAGUGGCUCGGUCGACCAAACUCUGAUCCUCUGGGAUAUGGAUGAAGGACAGCCGCACACCGUCAUCACUGCCUUCGACGAGAAAGUCCAAUCGCUGGAAUUCCAUUCCACAGAGGCCCAAAGCAUCCUUACCGGCUGUGCCGACGGAUUUGUGCGACUUUUCGACUGCCGUGACGCCGAAGCAGUGAACUCCUCGAGCAUCCAGUGGAAGGUGGCGGCUGGAGAAGUGGAGAAGGUUCUGUGGCACCCCACCCAAGGCGACUACUUUGUUGUGGGCACCAGUGACGGGAGCUUGCACUACGCCGAUAAGCGGAAACCCGACGAAUGGCUCUGGUCAGUUAAGGCACACAACGAGGAAAUCUCAGGGGUGUGCUUCAACAGCCAAGUGCCCAACCUACUGACCUCCACUUCCACGGAAGGCACGCUCAAGGUGUGGAACUUCGAUACAACCGAGGCCAAGCACGUCUACGAGCACGAGUUCAAUAUGGGUCGCCUUCAGUGUAUGCGACAGUGUCCCGAGGAUCCCUUCACGCUGGCCUUUGGCGGGGAGAAGCCCCCGCGCUGCGCCAUCUACAACAUCAAGAAUUCGGUCGCCGUGCGCCGAACCUUCGGCAUACCGGACGCGGAUUAGUUGAUACUUUCUGUAUGUUAUGCACUUGUGUAUAUCCAAUUCUUUAAAAAUAAAUACGAUUUAGGUGUAAGGACCCAA